AUGAGGAUGUUGGAGAGCCUAGAUUGCAGCGCUUCUGUGUCCAGCCAGGAUAUGUGGGCUGAGAUUUGUCCAUGUGCUCCAGACACACAGGAUCUAAGUCCUGAAGAAACCUUUUCAGAUUCUUUUCUUGGCCCUAUGACUGAUGAACUCAACCCUAAUAAUAACAGAAGCGAAUCUGAAUAUAACUCUCACAAUUGCAGUCAAAAACCAUGGCUCCAUUACAAGACUCUGAAGUAUACUUGGCAUCUCUAGAACGCAGGUUACAGAAAAUUAAAGGUCAGACCCAUGAAGUGACCUCCAAAGAAAUGUUGCAUUCUUUAGGCCAGGCAAAGAAGGAAUGUUGGGAUCGAUUUCUCCAAGAGACAUUUGAACCUGAGGCUUAUGUUGGAACAAGUGAUGUUGAUAGCAGCACGCUAGAACAUUUGAAGCGAUGGCUUCAGCCAGAGAAAGUGGCUCUGAACGCAGAGGAGGUGCAGUGUCUAAUACCAGGAGAAGCUCCCCCGAAAAAUGGUGACAAUGAGCAGGAGAGUGCAACCGCUGAGCACUAA